UGUCCCUGCGCGUGGUUUCGCCGAGGCGGGGAAGCAGCCAGCAGGGAAAUCCCCUCACCGCGAUAGGGAUCGGUGACUAAGCGCCGUGCCGCUCACCUGGGAGGCCGCGCAGGGACGCAGCCGGCGCCCUCCUCGCAGGUGUGAUAGCUACAGUGGAUCACUGAUUGUGAUUUCCUCUGAGUUGCAGCACCGAAAACAAUGGCGAAUGAAUAUAUUAAAAACUGCUGUAAAUGGUGUUUUUAUGUGGAAAAAGAAAAAAGCAAUUUUUCCAUGGUGCAGGAAUCUGAAGCUGUACCCACAAGCAAACCAGCUAUUGUAGAGCAACCUCCAUUGUCUUCUGUGUCAGUGAAGCGGCAAGUUGGCUGUUCAGAGGAUUAUCUGCUUUCUAAACUGCCCCUGGAUGGGCAGGAGGUACCAUUUGUGGUCCCACCAUUCAAACUGGCUUACGUACAGCCAAAAAGCCUUCCUAGUACCUCACAUGCUGGAGGAAUUCAAGAAUCUGCCAGAGCUUCUUUUGGUGACCGGAAAGCAGAACUGUGUGGUGUGUACCAGUGGCCUCGCUAUGAUGUAUACAACCCGUUCUAUUUGGAGCAUCAUGUUUCACCAGAUCAGAUUAGACGCUUCCAAGCCAAAUCAGAUAAUAGGAAAUUAUAUGGAUCAGUUAGCGAUUUAAGAACUAGUGCUCUGCCUGGAUCACUUGAUUUAAGUCAUUCAAUGUUUGAUCUCAGAAGUCCCCCUCAUCGAUUCAUGAAGAGAUAUGAUUCAGUCUCCAGUGUACCUAGCAGCACCUCUUCCAGGAAAGAUUCACAUGGCAGUAACAGGAGUCUGGAUACCAUUACUUUAUCAGGUGAUGAACGAGACUUUGGAAGACUGAAUGUAAAGUUGUGUUAUGUUCCUUCUGUGGAGCAGAUCUGGAUCACAGUUUUACAUUGCAAAGGGCUGAGCUGGCCUUCCAGUUGUGGGGAAAAUCCUUGUAUCUAUGUCAAGGGAAUUCUCACGCUGCCCAAGCCUGUGCAGUUCAAAUCCUCUGCCAAGGAAGGCUGCAAUGACAUUGAAUUUAUGGAAACUUUUGUAUUUGCCAUUAAGCUGCAAAGUGUUCAAACUGUCAGAUUGGUGUUUAAAAUCCAGACACAGACUCCUAGGAAAAGAACAAUUGGAGAGUGCUCUUUGUCAUUGCGGGAGCUCAGCUCAGAGGAGUCAAAUCAUUGGCUGGAUAUAUCUCCUCCUUCCAAAGCACCAGUGUGCCGCACAGAACUUCAAAUAGGAACUUGUUUUCAAGCAAUAAACAGGAGGAUUCAGUUACAGAUUCUUGAAGCACAAAAUCUUCCAAUUUCAUCGACACCGCUGUCUUUAAGUUUCUUUGUGAAAGUUGGAAUGUUUAGUACAGAAGGGCUGAUCUAUAAGAAGAAGACUCGUCUUGUGAAGUCAACUAAUGGCCAAGUGAAGUGGAGAGAAAUGAUGAUUUUUCCAGUUAGCCAAGCUGAACAAGGAAUCAGUUUUCUCAUCAAACUCUACAGCAGAAGCUCAGUGAGAAGAAAACACUUUCUAGGACAGAUCUGGAUCAGUUCUGACAGCAAUAACAGUGAAGCAGUAGAGCAGUGGGAAGAUACAAUCGCUAACCCUGAAAAAGUUGUUGUUAAGUGGUACAGCCUUGGGCCAUCUUGAAGACUGGAGAUGAAACUCAGGACUUUUUCUCCACAAAUAUAUUCUUAUACUGUUUAAAUACGAAUAUAAAUAAAAAGAAAAAUACUGUCUACACAAGCUGUUCAAAAGGACUCCACUGUAUCAUGCCUCCAUGUUAACUGGAAAAACUCAAUUUCCUGAAGAGAAAUACUGCCUAAAUAUUAUUAAGAGGAAGACUUAAGCAAUGGGAAGAGCACUCAUUUGGUUUUAAAAAGCCCACCUCUUUUUCCCCUUUCAGGCUCUGUAAGAGUAUAGAAAUCUAAUCUUGGAGAGAGAGUGUGUGAAUCAACAUCAUCUUCACUAGUUACAGACUUCAUCUUCACAUCUGCAAUCAUGUCUUUGGCACACUUCACAACUCAUGGGAAUCAGUCUGGUCAGUGGCUUGAUCCUAGAUACUUUUGAGCCUCUGAGGCUGCACCUGUAUUGACAACAUUUGACCAGAAUAAUGUGUGCCUCAGCAGGUGGGAAAGCUGUGGCUGUAGCAGGAGGCCUAAAGGGAACUAUGCAAUAAUGCAGCACCCAAACGCUUUUCUAAUCUCUGCCUCUGGCGAAGAGUUGUUCAGUGCACCGACAUGCCAAUAUCUUGGGUUUUCAUCCAUCCUUCUCUCUAUUCUAAACAGAGGAACUGGAAGAUAAAAGUUUCUCUGACUAUGUGGAAUCUUAAGUGGGGCCCUCCAGCCUCACUGGUUUGUGAAUGCUGGAAGGAAUAAGGGGAAUACUGUAUAGAGAUACCGGCUCUGCCUAGGACCAGAGCCAGAUUUUUAAUAUAAAUUAGUUUAUUAUGUAUAAUUCUUACAUGUAAAUGACUUCCUAUCUAAUCAACAAUGUUUUACCAUUUGCUUACUUUACUAAAAGCCAGACUAAUGUUCUUAAGGAGUAAGCAAAUAUUUACUGAUGAAGUGUAUAUUUCUUACAAACAAGUAAGAAUACCAUACUUUUAUUGCAAAUGAUAUUUUUCCUACAAAAUCCUAAGAUUAUUUUUCUACUAGUCCCCAUGUUUUCAGGGGUCUGUUCAUAGUUAUUUUUAAGGGGGGAAAAACGCUGAUUAUGUAAUAGAUGCAUCUAAAAGCAAAGACGUCUUUGCACUACAUUAACUACUGAUUGAACAAAAAAUAUAUUCCAUGAUAUACAUCACUUACACAUCUAAUGUUGGCUGUCUGAGCUGCUCAAAUAUGUGUUUGUAUAGACAUUGAAUAACAGUGUCUUUUUUAUAACUUGGAAUCCAUUCAAACAUCUGACACAAGAAUUGGAGUGGUGGUGAGAGUACUCACUGCUUGAAGGCAAAGGAACAGUGGGGGGCAGAGAAAGCACUGAAACAGGAAGGCAUGUUGUUUUUAAGCAGAGAGCUCAAAGCUUCUUUAUUUCAGCCUUUUUGACUUCAAAUAAGGGCCAAGCAAAGAAAUGGAAUCUCUUUGAUUUUUUUUUUUAAUCAGUUGUUAAUUAAAACUUUUAAAACUUCUGCCACCUAGAUUUUUUGGAAAUGAUUUUUAAAAUGGGCAAACAAAAGUGUUUUCCCUGGGUCUUACGUGUUCUGCUUUUGGACCCAUUUUUAUAUAUGAACUGAAAUAGUUUUUGCAUGUUACUUGGAGAACAGAUGUUGGUUUUUGCUUUGACAGAUGCUCCUUGCAAAGCUCCCAUUUGGCCCAGUGGAUCUGGACUUGAGAUGUCAGUGUCCAUCCAGUUACCGUACUUGGGAUGAGCCUGGCCAGUUGGGUAAAAUGAAAAAAGGAAUUGGACUAAGCUGAUGUUCUUGGAGUGGCUCUGCUUGAAUACAGGGAUCUUUCUAUUCAUUGUGGCUGUACUGCAGUAAACAAAAGUGCAAACUAACUGUUUCCUUAUGCAGAAUGCUGUUCUGUUUGAAAGAGAGGACAGGGAAUAUUCCAGUGUUUUGGAGGCUUCAAUUACCACAAAAGUGGCUCUGCAGUGAUUGCCAACUCAGUGGAUAUUGUAUAAAAUGGACUUAGUUGGCUGUUUUAAGACGCUGAGCCUUUUGGAGGCCUAACUAGUAAUGUCUCAUUUUUCCUAUGUUAAUAUUUAAUCUAUGUAUUUAUAAUAAAACUUAUAAACACAAAAUAA